GGCGGGAGGGCGGGCGUCUUCGCGGGCGGGCGUGGAACCGGCUGCAAACAGCGGCAGACGCCGUUUAAGAGGCGCCGUAAGCGGAGGAGCUGGUCGCGAGGGUCCGCGGUGCGGGGGUCUCGGAUCGAGGCGGCCGAUUCUUUCCGUCCCCGCCUGCGUUGGGUCUCUGGACAACAGGGCGGGGGAGAACCAGUGACCGUCUCUGUGACUGGAAAAAUCAAGAGAUCAGCUUCAUCCUGGAGGAGCCCUGCUUGCAAAUUCUGUUGUGACAGGUUCUCCAGUCUGGAGGGUUCCAAUGGACUGCUAUGAAAUGCAUGUGUAACAGGCUGAAUGAUCUGCCUGCGCCUGGCCCUGCCUGACCCCAGGCAACUCCCCAGUGAUCAUGUGGUGGCUGCUCCUUCCUGUCACCAUCGUAGCUGGUGUCCUGCUCUCCUGGCCACCCCCUGUUUGGGGCACCCGUAUUGUCUUCACGGUCACAGACAUGGCCCUUACCCAUCUGGCUGUGCACCAUGAGACUGGGGAUGUCUACUUGGGUGCCGUCAACCGCAUCUACAAACUCUCAGCCAAUCUGACCCAGAUACGGGCUCACACCACGGGGCCAGUGCCGGAUGACCCCAGAUGCUACCCUCCCCCAGGUGUCCGGCUCUGUGCCCAUCGGCUGUCCCCUGCUGACAAUGUCAACAAGCUGCUUCUGAUUGACUAUGCUGGCAACCGUCUUGUGGCCUGUGGCAGUGUUUGGCAGGGAGUGUGCCAGCUCUUGCGGUUGGAGGACUUGGCCAAACUAGGGGAGCCUCACCAGCGCAAAGAGCACUACCUUUCGGGGGGGCGUGAACCAGACGCCAUGGUCGGUGUGAUUGUGGAACAGCUGAGAGAGCCCAGCCAGUUCUUCGUGGGCACUUCAAUCGGAGGACGUUCGGAGUACUUCCCUACACUCUCCAGCCGCCGGCUUACUCCUGAUGCCACCAGCCCAGAGAUGUUCAGCCUGGUGUAUCAGGAUGAGUUUGUCUCUUCUCAAAUCAAGGUCCCUUCUGACACUCUCUCGCUCUACCCUGCCUUUGAUAUCUACUACGUGUCUGCAUUUGUGUCUGGCGGUUUUGUGUACUUCCUCACUUUGCAGCUUGACACUGCUCAGACGCCCCUCGAGCCUGCUGGAGGUCCCGUUGGCCCUGGCGCAACGGGUGGGGAGCGCUUCUUUUCAUCCAAGAUUGUGCGCCUGUGUGCCAAUGACACAGAGUUCUACUCUUACGUGGAAUUUCCUCUGGGCUGCUCCAAGGACGGGGUGGAAUACCGUCUGGUCCAAGCGGCUCAGCUGGCCAAAGCUGGCCGACAAUUGGCCGAGUCGCUGGGCAUUGCAGAAGGGCAAGAUGUGCUUUACGCCGCCUUCUCGCAAGGCCAGAAGAACAGGGCAGCACCACCCCGGGAGAGCCUGCUCUGCCUUUUCACGCUGGAUGAAGUCAAUCAACGCAUCCGUGAGCGUAUCCAGUCAUGCUACCGUGGUGAAGGGCGACUCUCUCUACCGUGGCUUCUCAACAAAGAAUUGCCCUGCAUCAACACGCCCAUGCAGAUCAAUGGCAAUUUCUGUGGAUUGGUACUGAACCAACCCCUAGGAGGGCUGCAGGUCAUCGAGGGACGCCCAUUGCUCCAAGAACAGACAGAGGGCAUGGCCAGUGUUGCUGCUUAUACCUAUCGUGGCCAUUCGGUCGUCUUCAUUGGAACCCGUGCUGGCAACCUGAAGAAGGUUCGUGUGGACAAUCCGGAUGAGGCCCAUCUUUAUGAGUCUGUGCCAGUGAUGCCUGGAGAACCUAUACUGCGUGACAUGGUCCUGAGUCCUGACCAGCGCUACCUCUAUUUGCUCAGCCAGAGACAGGUGGUGCAGCUUCCUGUGGAGAAUUGUGGGCAAUAUCUUUCCUGUGCCGAUUGCUUGGGCUCCCGAGACCCACACUGUGGCUGGUGUGUCCUGCACAAUAGGUGCUGUAGAGAAAGCGAGUGCCCCCGUGCUGCAGAACCCCACCGCUUUACAGCCACUCUGACACAAUGUGUGCAGUUGCUGGUUGAGCCCAGUAAUAUCUCAGUGACAGAACCUAGCAUUGUGCUUCAGCUUACAGUCCACAAUGUCCCAGACCUUAGUUCUGGUGUGACUUGCUCCUUUGAGGGCCUUGGUGAGAGCGAGGGACAGCUUCAGGUAGAUGGAGGGAUCCACUGCCUUUCACCCACUUUGAGGGAUGAGCCCCCUGGAGAAUAUGGUGAUGUACGAACUGUUAGGAUCCAACUUCUGUCCAAGGAAACUGGCAUGGAAUUUGCCAGUACAAACUUUGUCUUUUAUGAUUGCAGCCUUCUACGCACGUGCUUGUCCUGUGUCAGCAGCCACUAUCCGUGCCACUGGUGUAAAUACAGGCAUACGUGCACCCACAAUGUGGCCAAGUGCUUCUUCCUAGAGGGCCGAGUCAACACUGCUGAGGGCUGCCCAGAGCUCCUUCCUGGUGGGGAGAUCUUGAUUCCUGUGGGAGUGUUACAACCCAUUACACUGCGUGCCAAGAACCUUCCACAACCUCAGUCGGGCCAGAAGAAUUACGAAUGUGUCUUGGGAAUCCAAGGUCGCCAACAGCGGGUGCCAGCUGUACGCUUCAACUCCAGCAGCGUACAGUGCCAGAAUACCUCGUAUUGGUACGAUGGUGAGGAGUUGGGUGAACUCCCUCUGGACUUUGAUGUCAUUUGGGAUGGAGAUUUUGCCAUUGACAAGCCACCAGGAUUCAAAGCUCUCUUGUAUAAGUGUUCGGCCCAGCGUUCUAGCUGUGGAUUGUGCCUCAAAUCAGAUCCACGUUAUGAGUGUGGUUGGUGUGUACCUGAACGCCGUUGCCUUUUGCGUCCUCACUGUCCAGCUUCCAGGCAAAAUUGGGUGCCACCCGGUCGACGUGGGGCUCGUUGUACUCACCCUCGUAUUACACAGGUAUUGCCACUGACUGGUCCCAAGGAAGGUGGGACUCGGGUGACAGUUUGGGGUGAAAACCUAGGGCUUCAUUUCUAUGAGGUCGGUGUACGGGUAGCAGGUGUCCGGUGUAGCUCUCUCCCUGCAGAAUACAUCAGUGCUGAGAGGCUGGUGUGUGAACUUGAGCCCUCACUUUUGCCAGAUCCUCCCCCAGGUCCCGUGGAGCUCUGCGUAGGGGACUGCAGUGCAGACUACCGGACCCAGUCGGAUACUCCUUUCACCUUUGUGACCCCCAGCUUUUUUGGGGUUGACCCAGAACGAGGUCCUACCUCAGGUGGGACAAAAAUCAGCCUCCUUGGAAAUCACCUCGAUGCUGGGAGCAAUGUCACAGUUGCAAUUCGAGGAGCACCAUGUCGCCUAAUCAGUCGUAGUGCAGGGGAGAUUGUCUGCCUGUCUCCCCCCUCGGCAUUAGGCCCAGGUCCUGCCAACCUCAGUCUUCGCAUUGAUCGUGCCAACAUCAGCACAAAUGGGACAGUCUUCUUCCGCUAUAGUCCCGACCCAGUGGUCACAGCCAUAGAGCCUGCUUGGAGUAUUGCAAAUGGUAGCACAAGCCUCACAGUGAGUGGGACCCACCUCUUAACAAUUCAGGAACCACGGGUUCGGGCUGCUUAUGGCGGGAUAGAAACCAUCAAUAGUUGUCAAGUGCUAAAUGACUCCAUAAUGUUGUGCAAGGCCCCGGGCAUUAUACCUCGGGAGCAGGCACUGCCCCUUGGAGGUGCUCAUCCUGAUGAGUUUGGCUUCCUCUUGGAUGAUGUGGCUGCCACCCGGACCCUGAACCGUUCUGCUUUUACAUACUAUCCAGACCCGACUUUUGAGACCUUUGGGCCCAGCGGCAUACUGGAAAUUAAACCCGGAUCCCACGUUGUCCUCAAGGGCCGGAAUCUGAUCCCUGCAGUAUCCGGCAGUACACGACUCAACUACACAGUGCUGAUUGGUGGAGAACCUUGCACCCUGACUGUCUCAGAAACCCAAUUGUUGUGUGAUUCGCCAAGCCAAACUGGAGAGCAGCCAGUCAUGAUCCUGGUGGGAGGUCUGUCAUUCUCUCCAGGCACCCUUCACAUCUAUCCUGAGGCAGCCUUGCCUUUGCCAGCUCUGGUGGGCUUAGGAGCAGGAGGAAGCCUCCUUCUGGGGGCUAUCAUUGGGGUGCUGGUAGCCUACAAACGGAAGACACGGGAUGCAGACCGUACUCUGAAGCGCCUGCAGCUGCAGAUGGACAACCUGGAGUCACGGGUGGCUCUGGAAUGCAAGGAAGCUUUUGCUGAGUUGCAGACAGAUAUUAACGAGCUGACAAACAACAUGGAUGGUGUGAAGAUCCCAUUCCUGGAUUAUCGGACAUAUGCAAGGCGUGUGCUCUUUCCGGGGGUGGAUGAUCACCCAGCACUUCAAGAAACCAGUACACCACCAAGCACAGAGAAAGGGCUCCGUCUCUUUGGGCAGUUGCUACACACUCGGCCUUUCCUGCUGACCUUCAUCCACACCCUGGAAGGCCAGCGAGGUUUCUCCAUGCGAGAUAGAGGCGCUGUUGCUUCUCUGACGAUGGUGGCCCUGCAGGGCAGGCUUGACUAUGCUACUGGGGUGCUGAAGCAGCUGCUGGCUGACCUCAUUGAGAAGAAUCUGCAGAACCGUGCCCACCCCAAGCUGUUGCUCCGCCGGACGGAGUCAGUGGCUGAGAAAAUGUUGACCAAUUGGUUUACUUUUCUGCUGCAUAGGUUCCUGAAGGAAUGUGCUGGGGAGCCAUUAUUCAUGCUGUUCUGUGCCAUCAAGCAGCAGAUGGAGAAAGGCCCAAUAGAUGCCAUCACAGGCGAGGCACGCUACUCGUUGAGCGAGGACAAGCUCAUUCGCCAGCAGAUUGAUUACAAGACCUUGACAUUAUUAUGCACCCCUCCUGAGCCACCUGGGGGACCUGCAGUGCCUGUUAAAGUUUUAAACUGUGAUUCAGUGACACAAGUGAAGGAGAAGCUCCUAGAUGCCGUAUAUCGAGGAGUACCCUAUUCGCAGCGGCCACGAGCUGAAGACAUGGAGCUAGAGUGGUGUCAGGGUGCUGGGGGACGGACCAUCUUGCAGGAUGAAGACGCCACAAGUAAAAUUGAGGGAGACUGGAAGCGGCUCAACACGUUGGGACAUUAUCAGGUAGCAGAUGGCUCCACGGUGGCCUUGGUUCCUAGGCAGGCAUCAGGCUACAAUAUUGCAAGCUCCUUCACUUUCACCCAUUCGCUGAGUCGCUAUGAGAGUUUGUUGCGUACUUCCAGCAGUCCAGAGAGCUUGCGCUCAAGAGCUCCCAUCCUCACUCCAGAUCAAGAUUCAGGCACCCGUCUCUGGCAUCUGGUCAAGAACCACGAGCAUCUCGGAGACCCCAAGGAAGGGGAGCGAGGGAGCAAGAUGGUUUCUGAGAUCUACCUCACCCGGCUUCUUGCCACCAAGGGUACAUUGCAGAAGUUUGUUGAUGAUCUGUUUGAGACAGUGUUCAGCACAGCACACCGGGCCAGUGCCCUUCCCUUGCCCAUCAAAUACAUGUUUGACUUCCUGGAUGAACAAGCAGAGCGGAGACAGAUUGGUGAUCCUGAUGUUCGACAUACCUGGAAAAGCAACUGUUUGCCCUUGAGGUUUUGGGUGAAUGUCAUCAAGAACCCACAGUUUGUUUUUGAUAUUCACAAGAGCAGCAUCACGGACGCUUGCCUCUCCGUUGUGGCCCAGACCUUCAUGGACUCGUGCUCCACCUCUGAGCACCGCCUGGGCAAGGAUUCCCCUUCGACAAAGCUAUUAUAUGCCAAGGAUAUCCCUGUUUAUAAAGGCUGGGUGGAAAGGUAUUACCGGGACAUCACCAAGAUGGCUUCCAUUAGUGACCAAGACAUGGAUGCCUACCUAGUAGAGCAAUCCCGUCAGCACGCAGGGGAAUUUAACACGUUGGGUGCACUGGGAGAGCUCUACAGCUAUGUGGGAAGGUACCGUGAUGAGAUCCUGACUGCGUUGGAACGGGAUGCUGCCUGCCGGAAACACAAACUGAAGCCGAAGCUGGAACAAGUCACCACUCUUGUUUCGGGAACAAGCUGAGGAUGCUGGAGGGGGCAGGAGGGCAAAGGGAGCGGGCAGCAGGCAUCCCGGAGAGGUGCCUCCGAAGGGACUCUACCUCCAACUUGGCUUGUGGCCCCACAAAGGGGAACAGACUUGAUCUUUUUAACCUCCCGGGGGGAGGGAGCAAGAGACCUGUGACCUUUUCCCCUGGGGUGGCAGAAAGUCGCUGUGGUGCCUCCCCUCCCCAGCCUUCAGUCUGGAAGCAAUAACAAGCACCCGCCCCUCCUCUGCCUCUGCCUUGGGAGGAGCCACCCAGAAUAAGCAAUGAGGUUGGGGUGCAGCCUGAUCAUGCCCCCUCCCCCUCAAGCCGGCAGCUAAAUGGAACCCCCCCCACCCCAAAUGUUUGUGGACCCCUCCCUUCAAUCAUACCAAUCAUCUCCCUAAUCCCCCACUCCUUGUUGGUAGCUGGUGGAAUCUGCCCUUGUUCUGUUUUUGGUAACCAUGGCAAUUGGAUAUUUUUAAUCUUACCUGACAGUGCUCCCCCCUCAAACAUUCACUCCUACCCCACCUGUUGUGCCCUCACUGGGUGCAGUGCCUUAUUCAUUAAUUUAUUAUUGCAUCUUGUUAAGAUUAUUGGCUGUAAAUGAUUCCAUUCCCUGGGUGUAGAGAUUUCAGUGUAAAAAGUCCUCCAUCCUGCCCACCCCCUCACGUACCCCCCCUCGACCCCUUUGUUCUUAAGAGUCUGUGUAAAUAUUUGCACUGCAGCCUGGAGGGAUUCAGUCCCCCCCUUCCUCCCAAAAAAUAAAAUAAAAUAAAUUAAAAAUAAGAAUAAGAAUCCCCCUUCAGGGAUUAAAGAAUUGUGGUGGGUGUGGGGAAUGCCCCUGCAGCAGCAUGGGCUUUUUAUUAGUUCAUUUUAUAAUUACUUUUUCUUUUGCUAAAUAAAAGCCUGGAAAAAAACACUGCUCUUGAUAUGAUGUGGAGGGAUUGGGGGAAAUGCCAGAAAAUGGGUAUUCCGCGGAAACAGGCCCCCAUACCCAUGUGGUGGGAUUCAGCCAGUUCUCUCUGGAUCGCGCAAACCGGUAGCGGUGACUGUGGGAGGCUCCACCCACCCGCCCGGACAUAAUGCGCGACUACUGCACAUGCGCAGAAGGCCGUGCGUAUGCACAGAGGUGGCACAUGCGAUCAUUUUUGCAAACCGGUAGGGAAGGUAAGUGAAUCCCACCUCUGCCCCAGGAGUGGGUUCUACUUACCUUUACUACUGGUUUGUAGUGGGGAUGCGCGCACCAGUGAGCAAAGCGAGUGCACACAUGCGCUCAGAAGCGUUUUGAUGACGUUGAGGUCAGUGGGCGGAGCCUCCUGCCAAUUUUACUACCGGUUCUAUAGAACCAGUGCGAACCGGUGGCAACCCACCACUGCUCUGCCAUCAUCCUCUUGCAUUCCGGUAUUACAAGGAGAUACUUUGGACAUGGCAUCCCCUUGGGCAGCCUGGCUGUUCUUUUGAAUUGCACCUUUGGGACAAUGCCAGUUCAUUUAGGCAUUACAAAUGUUGAUUUUUUACAGUAUAAUUCUAGCUGAUUCAUCUGCCUGUAUCAACUUCUUCUUUUUGCCCAAGUGCGUAACCCUUUUUAGUCACUGAAUGUGUCUGCCACUAAUUUGCUUGUGUAUACAGAUCAAGGAAGACUUAUAACCUUAAAUACCCAUUGUGGACUGAGCCAAUUUGGGCUGCUUACUCACCACUCUAAAUGCGUCUGUCAGAAACCUUAAGAAGGAUGCUUACUGGUCAUGAAUGGGUAACGUGUCUGCUGCACAAAGCGGGGAGCCUGUUUAACCUUGACUGGGGCAGGGAAUUCCUCUGUUGAAGUGCUAGACUGACCUCCAAAUACCCAAAUAAACUAGGGAGAGUUGAGAUAGACUGUACUAUUUCUGAGGGUUGGUCAGCGGUGGAAUUUACUAACAUAUAUGAAACAUCUUUCUAUGAAAAUGUAACAUUAACAAAGCAAACAUUUGCAAAGCAAAAAUCCUUGCUUCGGCAACUUCCAACUGGGCUUAUUUUCUAUUUGCAAAAAAUUAUUUUAAAAAGAGAGAGAGAAAACAGUUUUAAAAAGUGUUCAUCUACCUCAAACCUGUUUUUUCGGGUCAGCUUUGCACCACUUGCUGGAUCACAUGGAACCAAGUUGCUUCCAUUCUUGUAUAGGGAUUUGAUGUCCGUCAUUUCACUCUCUUUCUGUGGAGACCCGAAUGAUAAAAAUUGCCAACAACAUUUCAGUAUAUUCCUGUAUUGCCUUCCCACUUUUUAAAGACAUUUUAGUUGCUGGGUUUUUUUUUUUUACGUGAUUGCCUUAGCAGCCUAUCUAAUAUGUGAACUGAUAAAGUGGUGUUAAGUUUUUCAUGCUUUUGUGCCUUUAAUUAGCAGUUUCCCCUUUACAGCUUCUGCUCCUUGUUUCAGUGUGGGGAUAACACCAGUGAACAACAGCAAUAAUUUAUUCUCUGAAAGAGGGUAAGUCAUGGUUGACUUCUCAUUUCUCCUUUUGUUCACCUAUAGUGUUAUAAUAAAAUAAUAAUAAUACUUAAAGCUCCCCCCCAAACAAAAACAAACAAGACAAUUAAUGUAUAGCUAAAAUCCCACUGUUAAUGCAGCAAUUGGAAUCCUGGGCAGAAGUCGCCAGGAGGAAACUUCUAAUUAAAGCUGUAGAAACUGGGGUUGUGAGAGAAUAUAGUACAGUACUAAAUUAAAUGUGCUGUGCAACCAC